UUAAUCAAUUUUAGGUUAUUUUUUAGAAAAGCAUGUACGAAUCCUGUGUCCGCCGAACACGUAAAACAUACACGUCUUUUAUUUAUUAAUUAUAACAAUACACAAGUGAGAUCAAAAAACAUUAAAAUGGGGGAAGAUUUCCGAGAUUAUGAUAAAAACUCUUCCGACGAUGACAGUGAUAGCAGUGAAAUCAGUAUUGAUGAAUUUGAACACUCCGAAACAGACAGUGAAAAUGAAGACAAUAAUAUGAGUGCUUCGCCAGAUCAAGCAAUAGAGAAGGAGGAUCAAAAUAAUAAAGAAGAAGAUGAUGAGGAUGAUGAUGAUGAUGAUGAGUUAGUCAAAGCAAUUAAAGCUGAAAAAAAUAAAGCUCGGGAUCACCCUCCAACCAUUAACUGUGAAGAUUUCAUAGUGAAUAUCUCUUUCAAUCCAGUAAAAAAUUUAAUUGCUUUAGCAAAUAUUGUUGGAGAUGUUUUAUUGUAUGAAUAUAGUAAUGAAGAAACUAAAUUGGUUGAGACAUAUGAAGUUCAUCUGAAGGCGUGUAGAGACAUUGAAUUUGAUGACAGUGGCCUUACUUUAUAUUCCACUUCAAAGGAUAAAACUAUUGUAGCUACAGAUGUUGAAACAGGAAAGAUGAAGAGGUGUUAUGAAAAUGCUCAUGAUGACCCAGUGUAUUCAAUGAUUAGUUUGGGUGGUGAAAAAAUAGUUACAGGUGAUGAUGGUGGUACUGUCAAAAUGUGGGAUAUGAGAAAAGCUGAUCCAAUAUUUUCUAUAAAAAUUGGUGAUGAGCAUGUUUCGGAUAUGAUUACAAAUGAUGCACAAAAAUAUUUAGUUUGUGCAGGUGGCGAUGGAGUUUUGACUUGUCUUGAUUUGAAAGCUAGUAAAAUCUACACAACAUCUGAAGAAUAUGAUUCAGAGCUAACCUGUAUGGGGCUUUUUAGAUCAGAUACAAAACUACUUGUAGGUGCUUCAACAGGAAAGAUGUAUUUAUUUAACUGGAAAGAAUUUGGAUUUCAUAGUGAUGAGUUUAUUGGCCAAAAACAUGCUAUACAAUGUAUGAUGCCGAUAACUCAAAAUAUUGUUGUUACGUCAGGAGAGGACGGCAUGUUAAGAGCAGCUCAUAUGUUCCCACAGCGUCAGCUAGGAAUCGUAGGUCAACAUAGACUACCAGUAGAAUGUCUUGAUAUAAGCCAUGAUGGUCAAUAUAUUGCCUCAUGUUCUCAUGAUAAUGAUGUAAAGUUCUGGAAUAUUUCAUAUUUUGAAUCCAUAGAUACUCUUAUAGGUGUGAACCACAAACAGAAUAAAAAGCAGGACAUGAUAAACAACUUACCUUCCAGUAAUGUGAAGAAUGCAUCAGAUUUUUUUUCUGGACUAGUUUAAAGUUAUUUUAAGUUUAAGGCAGGCACAUCAGAAGGCGCGCAGCGGCGCGGAUCGUGAGGGAGACUGCGGCAGACGGCGUCUGUUUGUUGUUUGGCCAAAACAUGCCUAGAACUCUCACACACCAGUCAGUCUUGAAAAUAAUUCCUACCGUAUUGACGUGUCAUAAUUUUAUUUGAAA